AAAGUUCAUAACAGAAUGGCCCUGUUGACGCGGCGUGCAGCGAGACGGCGUCAUACGAACAGUGUUCAACUCGCACGCGACAAGAUGCGACUUGCCUGCUUUUUUGCACUCCUCGCCGCCGCUGUGAGCCUGGUACUCGCUGCACCGGACCGAUCUAUUCUGCAGACCGGGAGAAGUGGUGCUGAUAGCCAGCCCUUCGUAGAGGAGGUAGUGGUGGAGUCGGUACUGCACGUGAGGAACCCCUCGGCCAACCGGCAAGCGCGUACGAACACGCACACCAACCUGCAAGAUGGCGCGCGCGUCGCCGUAGCAAAACCAUGAACAUAGAAAUUGAUUAAUAACUGUAAUAAUAACGUUACUAAUAAAAUAACUGUAAUAUA